GAAAUGGCUGAUGAUUUGGGAGACGAGUGGUGGACUGACGGCGACAAUUCAGGUGUGUUCGAGAUAGAGGAGGACCCACAGCCCAAAGAACAACACAUAACACCCACAUCAAAGAAAAGGAAGGGUGAAAAACAGAUUCAAGACAGCAGCAAGAAAAAGAAGAGGAAGAAAACUGUUCAGAAAAAAUGUUUCGUCACACAGGAGAGAUCAGAGGAACAGGGUGCUAAAGGGUCCAACAAAAAUAAGAAGAGACGAAAGAAGAAGAAAACGAUCACAGAUGUCCUGGCUAGCUCGGAGUCUGUGCCAGGCUCUCCAGAUGACAUUAGGAGCCUUCUGAAGAGUCAUUAUAGUCAGACACGCUCUGUUAUUGAGCAGGAGGAACUGACGCUACAGGAGUCCUGUUUCCUUGACAGUAAUGACCUUACACAUAGCUUAUCCUCCUAUCUUAAGGAAGUCUGUCCAAAGUGGGCAAAAAUACAGAAGCAGCACACCCAGACCCGGUCAGUUGUGUUGCUCAUUGUUUGUGGAUCUGCUCUCAGAACAAUUGAACUCAUUAAGCAACUGGUGGCAUUUAAAGGACAAGCUAAAGUGCUGAAGCUGUUCGCAAAACAUAUUAAAGUGGAUGAACAAAUUAAGUUGUUAAGUAAAGGUGUGACCCAUAUUGCUGUUGGAACUCCUGGUAGAAUUGCUGCCCUGUUAGAGAAAGAUGGUUUGACUGUGCAAGGAUUGCGUUAUUUGGUCCUGGACUGGAACUACCGAGACCAAAAGCACAGGACAAUGACAGAUAUACCAGAGGUGAAAUUAGACUUUUUGAAAAUGAUGGACUUUGGUGUAAUUCAGAGCUGCAGAGAAGGAACAGUUAAAAUAGGACUAUUUUGAGCAGAUUGUCUCUACUUUUACUUAGUUUCAUGUGCACUUGUGCAUUCAUGUCCCUUUACUUGUUUGAUAUGUUCUUGAUAAAACUAUUGUAAAAUAUUUGUAUUGCCAUAUAAGAUAUUAACCCUCUGGAGUGUUUCUUCAGGUUUAUAAAUAAACCUGGUUAAAUAAAUCCAUUU